AUUCGACCCGUCACGACAACUUGAGCGCCAGCGACCUCACGAAACCGACAAGAUGGUCCUCGCAAAGAAGCACGUCCCCAUCGUCAAGAAGCGCACCAAGACCUUCAAGCGCCACCAGUCGGAUCGCUUCAAGUGUGUGCCGGAGUCAUGGCGCAAGCCUAAGGGUAUCGACUCCCGCGUCCGUAGACGCUUCAAGUCGAACAUCCCUAUGCCCUCCAUCGGCUAUGGUAGCAACAAGAAGACCAAGCACAUGAUGCCCUCCGGCCACAAGGCUUUCCUCGUCCAGAACCCCAAGGACGUUGAGCUCCUUCUCAUGCACAACCGCACCUACGCUGCUGAGAUCGGCCACGCGGUCUCUUCUCGCAAGCGUGUCGAUAUCCUCGCCAAGGCCAAGGCUCUCGGUGUCAAGGUUACCAACCCCAAGGGCCGUGUCACCACUGAGGCUUAAAUGCUUUAGCCUAAUUAAAUCAACAAUUAAAAAUUAUUAUACCAAAGCAUUUUCAAUUGGAGAUGGGGAUCUCUGGCAAAGCUGCAAGGUGUCGCUUCGGUUUCUUGUAUGGUCGUGAAUUGAAAUGAAUCAAUUUCGUGGCGAUGACGAAUUUCUCUUAUGUGCAUGAUUCUAUUGCAUAGGGUGGCUGGUACCAGUGCUGGGACUUAAAAUAGAAAUUGGGGAUUUUUCCCACUGGGAUUCUCUUUCUCGGUCUUUUCCCCAUAGAUCCGGGCGGUAGCGUUCGAGCGUAGGAUGUUAAGUCUUUGUGUCAACGGGGGUUUGCUACUGGGUUCUCAGCGCAAGCGUCCUGGAUGGGCCUUUCUUGAGUAGUCGCCAAGUAUUUGCCAUUCUGGCACCACCUUGACCAUGUGUCUACGCUCUUUCCGUUCAGUUCUCAAUCUAUAUGUUCAUU